CUCUCUCUCCCCUCCAUCCGUGAUGUUACAAAGCCUGUGAGCUGUUCUUUUCCCCCACUCGCCUCCUGUCACUUCCUAGACGCUCUCAGGACGAUUCCUGCUUACUUUUAAUCCGGCCAGCAGCACGGGCACUUUCGCCUCCUGAAUCCUCAGAUAUACACACACAUACGCCGCCACCAUCGCCAGAGAUCCGCUGGCUGCUCAUUGGAUUGCUUUGCAAGGUUGUGUGUGUGCGCGCGUGUGCGGUGCGCGCGCGUAUGUGCGGUUAAAGGAGGCUGCAUGUUGAACCAGGUGAUGAACAUUUUACAAGGCUGGAAGAACUAACGGCUCCCCCCACCCCUGCUUCCUCCUCCUCCUCCUCCUCCUCCUCCUCCUCCCCACCACUCUCCUCGGUGUCUUGUCUCUUCUUCUCCCUCGGUUGCUCCCAAGAAGGGGAAAAUAUCUCAAGGACUAGCCUGAUCAUCCAGCCCUUUGCAAUCAGGAACGGAUGCAGGGGUCUGUGAAUUGAAUCGUGUAAGUGCUGAAGAAGGAUUCUUGGUUUGAGGAAACAGGAAAGAGGAAGGAAAGAGAAGAAGAAAAUACACGAGUGUAGGAACGAACGAGAGAAGAAAAACGGGGACUAUGGGGAGAAAAAAGAUUCAGAUCACAAGGAUUAUGGAUGAACGUAACAGGCAGGUGACAUUUACGAAGAGGAAAUUUGGGUUAAUGAAGAAGGCUUACGAGUUGAGUGUUCUCUGUGACUGUGAGAUUGCUCUAAUAAUCUUCAACAGCACCAACAAACUGUUUCAGUACGCCAGCACUGAUAUGGACAAGGUGUUGCUGAAGUAUACAGAGUACAAUGAGCCACACGAGAGUCGAACGAAUUCAGAUAUUGUUGAGACGUUGAGAAAGAAAGGACUUAAUGGCUGUGACAGCCCAGACCCCGAUGCAGAUGAUUCAGUAGGUCACAGCCCUGAGUCAGAGGACAAGUACAGGAAAAUUAAUGAAGAUAUUGAUCUAAUGAUCAGCAGGCAAAGAUUAUGUGCUGUUCCACCACCUAACUUUGAGAUGCCAGUUUCUAUCCCAGUGUCCAACCACAACAGCUUGGUAUACAGCAACCCUGUAAGCUCAUUGGGUAACCCCAACCUGUUGCCUCUGGCCCACCCUUCCUUACAGCGGAAUAGCAUGUCUCCUGGUGUGACACACCGGCCACCAAGUGCAGGAAACACAGGUGGCCUGAUGGGUGGGGACCUCACAACCGGUGCAGGCACCAGUGCAGGGAAUGGGUAUGGCAACCCCCGAAACUCACCAGGUCUGCUGGUCUCACCUGGAAACUUGAACAAGAAUAUGCAAGCAAAGUCUCCUCCUCCCAUGAACUUGGGAAUGAACAACCGCAAACCAGAUCUCCGAGUGCUGAUUCCACCAGGCAGCAAGAACACGAUGCCAUCUGUGUCUGAGGAUGUUGAUCUGCUUUUGAAUCAGAGGAUAAAUAACUCUCAGUCUGCUCAGUCAUUGGCUACCCCAGUGGUUUCCGUGGCAACUCCUACUUUGCCAGGGCAAGGGAUGGGAGGAUACCCAUCAGCCAUUUCAACAACAUAUGGUACUGAAUACUCGCUCAGCAGUGCAGAUUUGUCAUCGCUCUCUGGCUUUAACACUGCCAGCGCUCUCCACCUGGGUUCAGUAACCGGCUGGCAACAACAACACCUACAUAACAUGCCACCAUCUGCCCUCAGUCAGUUGGGAGCUUGCACUAGCACUCAUUUAUCUCAGAAUGCAAAUCUCUCCCUGCCUUCUACUCAAAGCCUCAACAUCAAGUCAGAACCUGUUUCUCCUCCUAGAGACCGUACCACCACACCUUCGAGAUACCCACAGCACACGCGCCACGAGGCUGGAAGAUCCCCUGUUGACAGCUUGAGCAGUUGCAGUAGUUCGUAUGACGGAAGCGAUAGAGAGGAUCACCGGAACGAAUUCCACUCUCCCAUUGGACUCACCAGACCUUCGCCGGACGAAAGGGAAAGCCCCUCUGUGAAACGCAUGAGGCUGUCUGAAGGAUGGGCAACAUGA